AUGAAUAGUAUUGAGCGGUUGACCGAGCUAUUGGAUGAGCUUAUUAGCUUUGAGGCAGAGAAGUUUUACUUUGCCAUGAAUGCCUUAAGGUUGAAAAACCUAUAUUCUUGCCAUGAAUGCCUUAAGGUUGAAAAACCUAUAUUCUUUGUCUGGACUGAAGAGUUUGCUGAUAGUUUCAAGGAUGUUGGGCUUGAAGAGGCCGAAAAGCUUGGAAACGCUGAGGAAAGAUUGACAAACCUGAGCUUAAUUGAUAAGUUUGAGAUGUCAAUGCCAAGCUUGAUUGGAUAUGAGGCUGGGAAGCUUGAUAAGGCUGAAAAGCUUAAAGAUCACCUAAAGGCUGAAGAGUCUUGUCUUACUGAGGUUGAAGAACCUGGUCUUAUCAAGGUUACAGAGCCGGAUAGUAAGGUUGAAGAGCCAGGUCAUACCUAG